GCGCUGGUGCCGGUUAUGGCGGUGGCAGCGCGCCUGUUCCGCAGGGCCGCCCGUGGCCCGCCUGCCCUCGCCUUUGCCCGGGCACUGGGCUCCGCGCCGCCGAGGCCGGCGAGCCGGGGGGCGCGGAGGGCCGCACUGGCGGCCGCGGGGGCGCUGGGCGGGCUGGGGCUGGCGCUGGGGCUGUGGCGGCGGCAAGCCGCGUUUGCGGCAGCCCGGGAGGACGAGGAAGAGAAGGAGCUGCGGCAGCGGUUCAUGGCGCCACCGGUGACCGGGCUGCGGGAGCUGCGGCGGCGGCGGCGGGAGCUGCGGAGCCGCAUGGAGCUGCUCAUCAUGGAGACGCAGGCGGAGAUGUGUCGCGCCCUGGCCGACCUGGACCCCGGCGCCUCCUUCGCCAUUGACAGCUGGGAAAGGAAGGAAGGCGGAGGCGGCAUCAGCUGCGUGCUGCAGGACGGCGAGGUCUUCGAGAAGGCGGGUGUGAACGUGUCUGUCGUGUCCGGGCUCCUGUCCGAGGAGGCAGCGCGGCAGAUGCGGAGCAGGGGAAAGUCUCUGAAGGCCAAGGACGGGAAGCUGCCUUUUUGCGCCAUGGGUGUGAGCUCUGUUAUCCAUCCAAAGAAUCCUCAUGUUCCAACCAUGCACUUCAACUACAGAUACUUUGAAAUUGAGGAAGCAGAUGGAACUAAACAGUGGUGGUUUGGUGGUGGGACUGACCUCACUCCAACUUACCUGAAUGAAGAGGAUGCCAUUCAUUUUCACAAGACUCUGAAAGAAGCCUGUGACAAGCAUGAUCUAAAGCUGUAUCCCAAGUACAAGAAAUGGUGUGAUGACUACUUCUAUAUCAAGCAUCGUGGUGAGCGUAGAGGGAUUGGAGGCAUAUUCUUUGAUGAUAUGGACUCUCCCUCCAAGGAGGAAGUAUUCCAGUUUGUUAAGAGUUGUGCCAAAGCUGUUGUGCCUUGUUACAUUCCCAUUGUGAAAAAGCACUGCCAUGACUCCUUCACACCAGAGGAAAAGCUAUGGCAACAGCUUCGGAGAGGACGGUAUGUAGAGUUCAACUUGCUUUAUGACAGAGGUACAAAGUUUGGCCUCCUGACACCAGGAUCAAGAAUCGAAAGCAUUCUUAUGUCUCUGCCACUGACUGCAAGGUGGGAGUACAUGCACAACCCACCAGAGAGCUCGAAAGAAGCAGAAAUUCUGGAGGUUCUGCGAAAUCCCAAAGACUGGGUGCAUUGACAUGGAUCAUGAACAAGAUUCAUUGCUUCCACUGAGCCAUUCUGAGAAAACAGGAAUACCUGCAAACCAGCCCAUUCAAACUGCUGUUGCAUGGUGUAUCGGUGUGUCUGUUUAUACGCUUACCUCGUGCCUUAAUUAUGCUGUAGACUUGUUAAAACUUGCAAGUGUGUGAACUUUCUUUUAGAUUGAUGGGAUAACGUUGUCAUCCCCUGUUGCUAUUGCCUUGUGAAGGACUGGUGAACACCUCACAGGGCUACUCUGCAUGCUUUAGAUGACCGCAAAAUGGCAAACUACUGUGGUGUCUUCAGGGAAAGAAGACAUGAAAGAAAUGAAAGCAUUAUCUGUGCCUAAAUAGCACUGCUUACUCCUAUAAAAUGUUGGUAUGCUUAAAAACAUUUUUUUAAAGAAUAAAGGGAAUAUUUGGUAUUAUA